AUGAUUUCUAGUCGAUAUCGUUUAUUGUUAUUAUUAAACAAAACAUUUUCUUAUGCAAAACAAAGUACAAUAGCAACAGUUAAUAAUACAUUGGACAUACGUAUUAAUAAAAAACCAAUAAAAAAAUCUAUGUAUGCAUAUAGACGUUUACAAACAACAUAUUAUGAUUGGAUGGAAGCUGUUAAUCGUGUUGAUGUUCAACAAUCAGAAUUUCAUCGUCCAUUAAUUAUACGUUCAACUAUAAGACAAAUUCUUCGUUAUAUGCAUGAUGGUUAUAUUGAUAUUGAACAAUGGACAACAUUUCGUAAUUAUCUUGUUAAAAAAGAUAUUGGUGUAUCACGUUUAUUUGAUGGAAUAUUUUUACAUGAAUGUAUUAAUUAUCAACGUUUUCUUAUGGGUUUAUCAUAUAUUAAUUAUUUAAAACAUGAAAAUAUAUCAUUAACACCAACAAGUUUAGCUAUGUUAUUAUUAUUAGCACGUGAAAUUGAUAUUCGAAUUGAAUUAAAUGAAUAUUGUUUAGAUGAAAAAAUUCUAUUAGAUACAUAUCAAGAAUUUCUUUCAUAUAAAAUUAUUCCUGAUGUAAUGCUUGUUUUACCAAUUAUAGCUGGUUUAACAUUAACAAAAGAAUGGAAAGAAUCAUUAAAAUAUUUACCUAUACUUGAUAAUGAUCUUGAUGGUAUGCAACAAGCAUUAGGUUUUGUUUUAACAGCAGCUGCUAAAUUUCAUGAUUAUAAAUUUUUUUUUUCUUUACUUGAUAAUAUAUCACAAACAGAAUCAAUUCGUUUAUAUGAAGAACGUCAACGAAUACGAAUAAAUAAUACAAAUAUAAUAUUGAAUAAUAAACAAAAACUUACACUUGAUCAACAAAUUAAACGACCAAUAGCACCAGCACGAAUAAAAGAAAGUGAUUAUUAUUUAAUAGCUAAAACAUCACAAACUUAUGAAACAUUUACAAAUUAUUUAACUGGUGAUAAAAUAAAACAAAUUGAAAUUUUAAUUAAAUUACUUGAAAAAACUGCAAGUAAUGGUUAUAUACCACCAAUAUCUUUUGUAAAAUCAUUAGAAAAAAAAUUAAAAGAUGGUACAUCUCUCGAUGGUAAAACAAUAUUACCAUCAAUUGAACCAACUGAACAUGAAUGUCAAAUUCUACAUUCAUAUAUUCGAAAUAAUUUUCAAUCAUUACUUGAAAUUCAUUGUCCGAAACUUGCAAAUGAUUCAUCAAAAUUAUUAAAACAUCUUUCUGAACCAUUCGAUGUUCUUUUUGAUUGUCUUCAUUAUCCAACACUUGAACUUGACUGGCGUAUACGUCAUCCAUUGUAUAUCAAACGUGUUCUUUAUCAAAUAGCUGAUGAAAAAGGUAAACAAUGUUUAGUCAUUGCAAAAAUUGAUCUUGCUGAUUAUAUUGAUACACUUCAAAUGCCUGCUGAUCUUGUAUCAGUUAUUCGUGUACCUUAUGAAUCAAUUAAAAGUCCAUUACCAUUAUUAUCAGCAUUAUAUCAUAGUCCAACAACAUUACUUGCUAGUCCAAUUGAUCAACGUUCUUAUAAAAGUUUAUUAGGUUUAAAUAAUAUUGAUAUAUUUGAUCGAUGGAUACAAUCACAUCAUUUAGUUCCAAUUACUAAACCAGAUUUAGUCUAUCUUCAAGCUCCAUGUUUAUAUUCAACACGUGUUCAUGUGAACAAAUCUGAAUGGUUAAUACCUUAUUUUGAUGGAUCACCAUUAACUGAACCUGAAAAUGUUCAAACAUGGUUUCGUGUUCAAAUAAAUAAUAAUUAG